GUUUUUAUUUCUUCAUAUGCUUCGAAAAGACAGUUCUUACAGAGAGAUAUCCUUAACAGACUCCAUAGAGCAAAAAUCAUUUUUAAACUUAGCCAGAAAACCAUCAAAUGCAGAUUUUAAAGGUAAAACACCUUUAGGUGUAAAGGGCAAAGAUAAUAAGGAGAAUUCUUCUGCAAGAAUUCAUUCUGAUACACCAACACAAGACUUUUUUUUUAAAAGAGAAGUCAUAAAAUCAGAAAAAUAACUACCAAAUGAGAAAAUAGCCAUCUAUAAUGAUGCAUCAAGAUUUUAAUCAUCUAAAACGUAUAUGGAAUGUAGGAUGGAGUAAUUAGAAUAACGUAAGAAAACCUAAAGUCCAUAGUUGUUGUCAAUGACUCCUGUUUAGAAUAAAUAAAUCAGUUAAGAAAGAUAUAAUCAUCUUUAAUAACCAUAAUAAUAAUAACAAUCAGUUUAAAGUUCAAUAAAUUUAACUAGAAAAGCCUCAGUCGUACCUUCAAGAGGUUUAUCUGCAUUGACUACCCCAACUCCUAAAGAAGGAGAUUUUAAUAUCUAUAAGCAACAGAGCAGCAUUCCAACAUCUUAUUUGGAUUCAGUUGUUACUCAAAGAAAUAGUAAAAAUUCUACAGCUCAAGAAUAAUAAUAAUAAUAAUAUUAAUCAUAAUAAUAACAAUAUUAAUCAUAAUAACAAUAAUAUUAAUCAUAAUAACAAUACUAAUAAUAAUAAUAGUAAUAAUAAUAAUAAUAAUAAUAGUAAUAGCAAUAACAAUAAUAAUAAUAAUAAUAAUAAUUAGAUUAUAAAAAUCCAUCUUAAAAGUUAUAUUACAUAACUUCCCUUAUAAAAGCUUUUAAAAUGAAAGGACCAAAUUCAGCAAAAGAACAUCUAAUUCACAAUAUGCAAGUAAUUUAUUAUAAAUAUGUUAAGGGUAUAAUAAUUGCUAAGAAGUUAAAAGUGCCACCUGCAAAAAAGGCUAUUAUGUUACCAGCAACAGAUAAAAAAACUCUUUUGUUUGAUUUGGAUGAAACAUUAGUUCAUUGUAAUUCAAGUAGUUUUAUACCUGGUGAUGUUUUACUGAACAUAAAUCAUGAAGGAGAGAAAAUGGAAGUAAAUAAAUAAUAAAAUGAUUAGGCUUCAUUAAAUAUUAGACCUUACACAUCUCAUUUGUUAUAGUCAUUAAGUAGAAAUUUCGAAUUGAUUGUAUUUACAGCUUCAUAAUCACAUUAUGCAAAUGCAGUGAUUGAUUAUUUGGAUCCAUAGAAAAAAUGGAUAAGUCAUAGAUUUUAUAGAGAACAUUGUAUUCCAACAGAUGAUGGCCAUUUUAUAAAAGAUCUUCGUAUUUUUACAACAAGAAAACUGAGUGAAAUGUUAUUAAUAGAUAAUGCACCACAUUCUUAUCUUUAUUAGAUUUAAAAUGGAGUUCCAAUAAUUCCAUAUAUAGAUAAUAAAUCUGAUGAGGUAUUAAUUAUGUUAAGAUUGUAGGAAUUGAAAUCUUUAUUGUAGUAUUUGAUGUAAUUUAAGAAUGUAAAAGAUGUGAGAGAAUUGAAUAUGUAAUAAAUGAAGCUACAUCGUUUUUCAGAAUAUGAUGAUCCUUAAGAGCUAUUAAAAAGUGAAUUUAAUGAUUACUAAUUAUAAUCCGUUUUAUUAUGAU